GUGGUGGUGUUGCCGUAACAGUCGUGGUGCGAGAGAACAAUCAUUUAACAUAUGCCGUGGAUGUGGUGGUGAAACUUCCUCACACCAUUGAGAUAGUGGUGGUGGUGGUGGUGCUCGUGGUGGUGGUGGUGGUUGAGAGUGAGAGUAAGAGGGAGUGAGGGAGAGAAAGAGGGAGAGGAGUGGUGUGUUAAGUGCUGUUUCAUCAUAUGGAGUGAAGAUGGGAGCGCUGCCGUGUGUGGUGUUGGUUGUGAUGGUGGUGGUGGCGACAGUGAGGUGGGGACAAGCAUUCAAUGUCUUACCUGUAGGUCUACGAAGCUUCUCCGGCCCUCCUGGCUCUCAAUUUGGCUUCUCCGUUGCUCUGUGGAAGGACGUCAAGAAUGUGAAGAGGGUGGUGGUGGGGGCGCCCAGUGGGAACCAGACGUGGGCCAAUAUCACCUUUCCCUUGGGAGCGGCUUACCUUUGCGAGCCUCACCUAGGGACGACUGAUGAUGACGAUGAUCAGGGUGGUGGUGGUGGUGGUGCCUGCCAUGUCCAACCUAACUUGACGCCAGAAAAUGAUUCGAUAUAUACCAGGCGCCUUCUGUCAUUCUACCGCUACACUCUCGAGCACUACGGCAUGGCACUCGGACAGACUCUGGUGGCCGAAAAAGGAGAGGGAACUAAAAUGAUGGUGUGCUCCCCCAGGUACCCCGAAUACUUCAGGGAUAACUACAUAGUGAACAAUGGCAUGUGCUAUGUGAUGCAAGACCCAACAGAAGUCGCUGCUGUGAAACCUCCUUACAACAAAGCUUUUAAGACCUCACUCACGGGAUACAGCGUGGCAUCGGCAGAGGACAACAUAGUGAUGGGCGGACCAAUGGCGAUACACGGUUGUGGUUUGGUAAUUAACUGUGUAAGGGGCAGGUGUGGCCCUUUUACGACCAAGUUCGAGACUGGAAACACGGACAAGGAGACGAUAAGCAAGAAAAAAGCUUGUAGCGAUACGUACCAGGGGUGGGCCGUGCAGCUGGCUAGGUUUGGCGGGCCCUCCAAUCCCCUCACUAUUGCCGCCUCCUCACCCAAGACCAGGAACUACAAAGGACAGAUUUCGUUCUUCCCGGUGCAAAUGAAAUCAUGGCAAGACCCCCUGCAUGUCAUUGAGGGAGAGGAAACUGGGGUGCUAUUCGGAUACGCCCUCGCCUCCCCUGAUCUUGACGGGGACGGCGCGGCAGACCUUGUGAUUGGCGCGCCCUUGGCUUCAAACACCACCCAGAAGCUGUAUGAUGCAGGGAAAGUACUCAUUUAUUAUGCACCGCUGGCAGAUGACGGAUGGAACCGACCCCAACAACACAUCCUCUGGGGGCGGUACAGCAAGGGGCGCUUUGGGACUUCUCUAGUUUCUUUAGGUGACAUCAAUGGGGACCACUACCAAGAUGUUGCAGUCGGGGCACCCUACGCUGGGGAGGACGGGAGUGGCUUGGUCUACAUAUAUAAUGGCGGCAUGCAAGGACUGAAACCAGGAGAUCCGAAGUUGAUCACCCCGUCCGAAUUCUUCCCCGGCGCCCGUGGCUUUGGCUUCAGUCUUGACGGCGAUCAGGAUAUGGACGGCAACAAGUACCCAGAUAUGGUGAUAGGCGCAGUACACUCAAACUCCGCUCUGCUGGUCAGGGCUUCUCCGGUUCUGAAGCUUGAAGGGUCCGUCACGUUCAGACCUUCCAUCAUCGACAUCAAGAAGAACCUGUGCAAGAUUGAACAGGCUGGCCAGAAGAUGAUGCGGGGGGUUUGUUUUGAUGUCAGAGUUGACCUAACCUAUUCCUCCCUGGCGACCUUUAGUGAGCUCAUAUUGGAGUAUGAGCUUAAAAUGACCACCGGUUCCAAUUCGUCAAUGCUGUACGGAUUCACGCACAACACAGACAGAACGACGAAGGCAGAGAGAAGUACAUUCACUAACAAACGGAGUCCUUGGAGUUUAAGAACCUUCGUACAGAGAUCCAGGGAUAACAAGAACUUGGCUGUGUCGGUAACGGUAGCGGUGACCAGAGUUGUGUCUUUUAAGCCUAAAGGUCUCACUCCAAUCCUUGACAUCUUCACACCCACCUCGUUCGAUGUCUCCUCCCAAGUGGUGUGCGAGGAUGAAUCUGGGUGCUCCACGGAACCUGACCUCGUUCUGAAUGCAUUUGGAUCUCCGGUGAUAAUGGUAGAUGGGCCAGUACCAAUUAACCUAAACGUAUCUGUGGAGGUGAAGGGUGACCCAGCCUAUGGGAUCAAGGUGGAAGUUAACUACCCAGAGGACAUCACCUACAAAGACGUGGACGCUCAAGGGUUCAUACCAGCGUGCAGGAAAACUAAACCAGGAAAAGAAGAGAUUACUUGUUUUAUAGAGGAGGGCAAGGCUGAUGAAAAGAUUGAUUUUUGGCUAUCGUUUGAACACGCUGAGGAGAAAGACCCGGAUUUGCUGCUGGAGGGCACGACGUUCAGCCUCACUGUUACCAACGACGUGAAAAACUCCGACCCUGACCCCUCCAAUAACGCCGUGCGGGUCACCAUUCCCACUAAGACCAAGGCCACACUGUAUCCCCAAAGCAUCUCAGAACCGGAAGGAGUCGUGGUGAUAGUGAAUGAAACAGCAAGUCAAGAAGACAUCGACGCUGCCAAGACAGGUUCAGCCACUUUCCCCGUGGACAGCCUUGGUCCUCGCGUUGACCAUGUCUUCUUCUUAAACAACAGAGGUCCCAGUCCGAUUCAUGAUGCAACGCUGCUCUUCCAAGUUCCCCUCUAUGUGCAAGACGCCCCCCUCGCCUACUUCGUUGUUCAGCCCACCACCUCACAUGGGGUCAAAUGUAACUACAUGAACACUAAUGAACUGAAACUGCAGCCACCACGUUCGCCAGUGACCUUCGCCUCCCCCUCCUCCUCCCCCUCCAUUCACGAGAUGGAAACAAAAGUACAACACGGGAGGGAAAAACGAGAUGUGGAGGAAAGCACACCUCCAGUUACCACAUCUUCCUCCACUUCUCCCCUCGACUCCUCCACUUCUCCCCUCGACUCCUCCACCCCUCCCUUUGACUCCUCCACCUACUCCAGCACCUUCCAGUGGACCACAGACCCGGCUGAGUACUUCUCCACCACCUAUGACCCAAUACAGAGCAGGCAGUCGGAAAGUGACAGUGUCGUGGAAUGUACGAGGCCCGAGUGUUUAGUAACGUGUUUCGUUCCUCGUAUUCCUGCUGGUGAAUCAGUCAAGGUUAAUUUUUCAAGCUACCUGGUGAUUGCCACGCUUAACAAGCUGGGAAGAAGGGUGUUACUCGUGAGAACCUCCAUUACCCCCAACGUAACGCAGGAGGGGAGUAUAGUGAUAAACCCCACACUGGCAGCCACUGUUGAGGUCAUCCUUGAGAAGCCACUGGAUAAAGACUGGUUCUCUGUUCUUCCUCUGUGGCUCAUCAUCUUGGCAGUGGUUCUGGCUUUUCUCUUCAUUUUAAUCAUUAUCUUUGGUCUGUGGAAGGGCGGCUUCUUCAAGAGAAACAGACCCCCGGCUGAGUACGACAGACAGAGCUUCGUGCAGGAGAAACAAAUCACAAUAGAGAGUCUACAGAUUGAACAAGAGUGAUGUGCUUGAUCUAAUUUAUAUCAUUUCUCUCUCUCUCUCUCUCUCUCUCUCUCUCUCUCUCUCUCUCUCUCUCUCUCUCUCUCUCUCUCUCUCUCUCUCUCUCUCUUCUUUCCCAUACUGAAAUUAAGAUGAUUCAUUGUACUGAAAAUUAUUAUGAAAUGAUGAUCAUGAUUACUAUUACUAUAACUAUUACUAUUAUUAUUAUUAUUAUCAUUAUUAUUAUUGUUUUUAUUACUAUUAUCAUUAUUACUAUUGUUAUUGGCAAUGUUCACACACACACACACACACACACACACACACACACACACACUCGGCUCACAACCAAGAAGGCCUGGGUUCGAAUCCCGGGCGCGGCGAGGCAAAUGGGCGAGCCUGUUAAUGUGCAGGCCCUGUUCACCCAGCAGCAAGUAGGUGCGGGAUGUAACCUGAGGUGUUGUGGCCUCGCUGUCCCGGUGUGUGGUGUGUGAGUGGUCUCAGUCCUACCCAAAGGUGUGUGAGUGGUCUCAGUCCUACCCAAAGGUGUGUCAGUGGUCUCAGUCCUACCCAAAGGUGUGUGAGUGGUCUCAGUCCUACCCAAAGAUCGGUCACUAGGAGAUCUGAGGUCUUUCCGCAGUGGAACGGCUAGCUGGGUGACCACCAGACGGCCGUAGGUGAACCACACACACACACAGUGAUAAGAGAAAGUGGAGAUAAAUAGAUACGUAGAAAUGGAAAUGGAGAAAUAGAGAUAAACAGACAAACAGACAUUUAGAUAGAGGAAACACUGUGUAAUGUGUGUGUGUGUGUGUGUGUGUGUGUGUGUGUGUGUGUGUGUGUGUGUGUGUGUGUGUGUGUGUGUGUGUGUGUGUGUGUGUGUGUGUGUGUCAGUUUGUUCGUAUACAUAUAAUUACUCAAUGUAAGUAUGUAAGUAUGUACGUAUGUAUGUAUGUAUAUUAUUGUGUAAUAUUUUAGUUAAGUUUUUCGUCUCUCAUCAAGAAUUUUCCUUAAAAGUUUUCCUCAAAGAAAAUUACUGUCCUCUUGCUUCAUCUCUCUCUCUCUCUCUCUCUCUCUCUCUCUCUCUCUCUCUCUCUCUCUCUCUCUCUCUCUCUCUCUCUCUCUCUC